UUUCGCCUCUGUAAAUGUCCUAUGAGUCUGUGUCCUAAGUUUAUGCAGUUAACACUGUUCAAUACGCCCCCUUAUGAUAUUCAGUCAAUAUACGUACCUAAGUUAAAUGAAAUUGUCAACGUUCACAUUUCUUCCCCAUAUUAUUCUGCAAUAACUAAAUUCUCGUUCCUCUUGGAAACUUUAUUUAUUGUUACCUUGAAAUAUGUGGAAAAUUUAAGAUACAUACAGCUUCAUAUCAUCUUUAUUUAUGUUUGUGUAACAACUGUUCUUAUUGUUUGUAAAACAGUGUGUGUUGUGUGCAUCAGGGGAAGCUAAAUUUUCUAAAAAACUUUAAUGAAGAUUUCCUGCUUUUUCACUGCUAAGUGUUUGUAGUCAAAAUGGAAACUAAACCAAAAAGUGAACACUUACUAGCAUUAAAAGUGAUGAGAUUAACUCGUCCUACUCUCGCAAGUCCAGUAGUCGUAACGUGUGACUCAACAGAUCUUCCUGGUAAUACGUUAAAUAACGAACUUAAAAACGAUUGUACUGCUUUACAAGGAAUGGAAACUCUUACGGUGGGACAAUUUAUGGUUUUACCACAAAGUUUUGGGAAUAUUUAUUUAGGUGAAAUCUUUUCAAGCUACCUGUGCGUACAUAAUGGUAGUAAACAAUUAGUAAAAAAUGUUACUGUUAAAGCAAAUUUACAAACAAAUACUCAAAUUAUUUCUCUUUCUGGUAAUAGCGGAGAAAUGAAAGAUUUACCACCUGACAGUACAGUUGAUGAAGUAAUACAUCAUGAAGUGAAAGAAAUAGGCACACAUAUAUUAGUAUGUGAAGUAACUUAUGCGCCUACGAAUAUAGGCGCUACUUCACAAUCAUUUAGGAAAUAUUAUAGGCUUGAAGUGGUAAAACCGUUAGAUGUGAAAACAAAGUUUUAUAAUGCAGAGUCAGAUGAAGUAUAUCUUGAAGCACAAAUACAGAAUCUUACAGCAGGUCCGAUAUGCUUAGAAAAAGUUUCUCUUGAAUCGUCUCACUUAUUUAGUGUGACAACUCUAAAUACAAACAAAAAGGGAGAAUCCAUUUAUGGAUCGGUUAAUGUAUUAGACCCUGAUUGUAGUAGGCAGUAUUUAUAUUGUUUAAGACCUCAGUUAACUUUAUUAAAAGAUCCAAAAAUGAUGCACAACGCGACAAACAUUGGGAAGUUAGAUAUCGUUUGGAGAAGUAAUUUAGGAGAAAGGGGAAGGCUGCAAACAUGUCAGUUGCAACGAAUGGCACCUGAAUACGGUGAUUUGCGAGUCACUAUAAAAGAUAUUCCCCCGAAAGUUUAUCUCGAACAGUCAGUAACACUUAAUUGUCACAUAAUAAACACAUCAGAAAGAAGUAUGGAUUUAAUGUUAUGUUUGGAAUCUGGUAACUCUAUAGCAUGGUGUGGUAUAUCCACCACAAAAAUUGGAACAUUAAAACCAGGAGCAUCAAUUGACAUUCCUUUAUGUAUAAUCGCAUUACACAGCGGUAUUAUAACUAUCUCAGGAUUAAAGUUGGAAGAUACAUAUUUGAAAAAGACAUAUGAUUAUGAUGAUUUAGCGCAAAUAUUUGUGUAUCAAAACCACUAGUCAAAAGUUCAAUAAAUUAUUACAAAUGCUUAAUUAACUAUGUAAUUUUAUAAAACUGUACCUAACUAUGUAUACUCUUAAAUAUAGUUAAAAAUAAUAUUGUCUGUAACAUUUUCUUCAU